AUGGCUCAAAACAUUAUAUUAUUAUUUAUUAAAAUUUUAACGUUUAUUCUUUUAACUUGGAUAUGUCACUUUUAUAAUGACAUGAACACUUUAAAUAAAUAUUUGGAUGAAAAAUGCAGUUUUCGCAGAAAAUUAAAUUCAACAAAAUAUCCAUUAUUAGCACAAUAUAAACAGGGGAAGGAUCUAUAUAUUGCAAAUUCUAAGGAAGAAAUUCCAGAUAAUGAAGUCAAUAAACAAAAAAAUAUAUUUAAUAAUAAAAAAGGAGCAAACGGAAAACAUAAGCAAUCCUGUAGAAGUUCACUAUAUGUUCAGAAAUAUGGUAAAAAUGUUGAUGAAAAUAAAUGUAUUACACCUAAAACCAAAAAAUAUUCGAAUUAUGAACAAAAAAUAUUUAAAGAACUUGAAUAUAAUGAUUACCUUAAAAAUAUCAAGAUAAUUGAAGAUAAGGAAUAUAAAAAAGUAAAACGUAAAAAACGCCGCAUACGAAUUUCUUUACUUUUGUUAUUUUUUUUGGUAUUGGUGAUGCCAAUAUUAGAUCUUUUACUAGAAAAACUUACAACUGGUGGAUUGUUGGGUUCAUUAGGCUUGUUUUACAUAAAUACAGUUGAAGGUGCACAUACGAUAGGUGGGGUGUUGAGUACAUUAUUCGCCAUAGAUGGAUGGAGUAAUUUACAAAAAACAUGUGCAACAACUAUUUUUUUUUAUUGCGUACCCUUCCUUAUAUUUGUUCUGAUAUUUAUAUUAGGGAUGAUUUAUUAUUAUAAAAAAGUUAUAAAAUAUGAAAAUAUUAAAUUUAGAAAAAGAAUAAAUAAGAAGUAA